CUGCCAGACCUGCGGAGCAGUGCGGUGGGGGGAGCCAGGCUGGGCAAAGGUAAACAGGAAAAGAGAAACCACAGGGACAGAGGGCUGGGCCAGGUCAGAGGCUGCUGUGCCUUUAACUAGUCAGCCCAUCCCUCCCAGGCUGGGCUUGGGGCACAGAGGAAGCAAGACCAUGGUGGGGAAGUUGCAGCCUGUGCUAUGGACACUCUGUGCAGUCUGGGUGGCUGUCCGUGCCAUCUCUGUGGAAACGCCCCAGGAGAUUGUUCGGGCUGCCCGGGGAAAGAGCGUUACCCUUCCAUGCACCUACCGCACUCCUGUCUCCAAACGAAAUGGAUUUAUCCAAUGGGACAAACUUCUAAGGACUCACUCGGAAAGUGUGCUCAUCUGGGAAUUUUCGAGGAAAGGCUACAUCUACGGUGACCGCUAUAUGAACCGCGCCAACAUCUCCAGCGGAGCCGAACACUCGGACGCCUCCCUCACCAUCAGCCAGCUUACCAUGGAUGACAACGGCACGUACGAGUGCUCUGUCUCCCUGAUCGAAGACCUGGCGGGAACCUCUAGGUCACGUGUCAGGCUCUUGGUCCUGGUGGCCCCCUCCAAACCAGACUGCGCCAUCGAGGGAGAGACCGUGAUUGGGAACAACAUCCAGCUGACCUGCCAAUCAAAGGAAGGCUCUCCGGCCCCUCAGUACAGCUGGAAGAGCUAUGAUAUCCUCAACAAGGAGCGGCCAGCCCCAGCAGUCGCAGGCCAGAUCUUGUCUCUGAAGAACAUCUCCACGGACAUGUCGGGUUAUUACAUCUGCACCUCCAGCAAUGAGGUGGGGACCGAGUUCUGUAACAUCACCGUGGCCAUCAGACUUCCUUCCAUGAACGUGGCCUUGUAUGCGGGCAUCGCGGGGGGCCUGGCUGCAGCCUUCAUCGUCCUGGGCAUUGUCAUCUACUGCUGCUGCUGCCGGGGGAAGGACGAGGCUGAGGACACAAAGCCGAAUCGGAUGAUCUACCAGAAGCCUCCAGAGCAGGUGAGGGAGCUUCAGACAGAGCGGGAGGAGGAGAACGACUACGGGCAGGAAGACCGCAAGAGCACGGGGCGGGGGUCCCCUGGCCACGCCGGCCGGUGACGAGCCCGCCGCAGGCUGAGGUGGGGCGGACUAGCAUCCAUUCCUCGGCCUCCUGCCCCCCCUCUCCUGGCUCCGUUUUCCUCGCCCUCCAUUCCGGCCACGGACCAGGAUGCUUCUUCCCUGCGUCACCUGCUGGAGGGCUUGGCUAAGGGGGCCUUACCGGUGACUGACCCUGCCAAGCGCCCUCCCCCGCAGCGUGACCCCUUCCUACUGCCGUGCCCGGCUCACAGCCUGGCCCUCAGCCGGGACCAGGCCGCAGCCUCACCUACCUCUGUAGCUGGCAGGGCUCCCCAGGCACAGGACGGAGCCUGGGGCUCCUGGUUGGGAGCGACCCGAAGUUUCCAGAGGCAGCCCCAGCCUCAGCAGAACGGGAGCGGCUCUGCUCCCCACCACACAAACACAGCACCUGGGGGAGCCCCGGGGCGCUGCGGGGGGACGGGUUGCACACGGUACAUACUUGUUGGAUACAUGAGUCGGGGAAGGACUCCCUACGAUUUAUCAAACCUAAGUGAAAACUCCUGCUUCGGGACCACUUUGGCCCCAAGCUCCCUUUCCAGCUCAUCUCCCGAAACCCUCCGUGAGGGCCGGCUCUGCUCCCCUGCACUGCACACUUCCUCAGCGGCCCAUCACUUUCUCUCUCCGGCUCGGAUGCGCUUUCCAUCACCACCUGCCCCAACUGGCCUGUCUCAAAUCCCAGCGAUAACCAGACCCUGGUCUCCCCCACACAUGGGAACAAUCUUGUCACCUUGUCUCCAGCUCCUGAGCAGUUAACCUGAGCAUCAGCCCAUCCCUCAAGCAACGUCUGAGCUCCCUGGGCCGCAGCCUGGGCUGCACUUCCCUCCCCCUCCCCCAUUCCCACCCCCCACAUUCCAGGAGCCCCCCCAGCGGGGCUCACUCCAGCUGAAUCUGGGCGCCUUCCCCUUUCUGGUCUCUCUGAUGUUUGUAGACUCGCAACUCCCCCCUCCCCCUGCUUGCCCGUCUUGUCGCCCACUGUCGGGCUCGUG